AUGGCUGCCAUGGCGUCACUACUAGUGCUGGCUCUUCCGGCGGUGGCUAAAGCUUCAUCCGCUCCAACAAGCCUUUUGUUUGAGAAUGACGGAAACUGGACUUCUCAUGCAGAGCGACCGAGUGCCCUUCUAGUGCAUACACCUGCCCGGCGUGGUCAGGCACAAUCUAUCUGUGCCAAAUAUGAGGAGCAAUUGCUGCGAUGCGAUGACGUGUACCAUUUCCGCCAGUCCUUCCAGUACCAGCAGUAUCUGGGUAUUCUACCUGACGAGACGCUGCUCUGGACUGCUUGCAGUACACCAGUCACACUAUCUGGUACAUCUACCGCUGGUAAUGCAUCUUCGGAUGGAGAGUGGCCUUUUGUCUGCACCAACUCGGCUCCACUGGUUGACCGUGUCGACACCGAUUACUCCCCCUUCCCUCGGGUCAAUGCCACGGCAGGAAAUAUCACCUUCGAGGGUCUCCGAGAUCAUUUGACAUUUAGAUUUGCCGGUAUUCCAUUUGCGCAGCCGCCGAUUGGCACACGCCGUUUCAAGUAUGCCGAAGCCUGGGAUGCGACCAAUGUGACCUACGUCAAUGCAACACAAUACAGCCCAGCCUGUCUGCAAUUUGGGUACUUUGAUGGAAAUAGCUAUGGCUUGAACCCUUGGGGUAAUGAUGAAGACUGUCUGUACUUGAAUGUAUAUACCCCCUUUCUUCCGGGCGAUGCGGACGUGCCCGAGGACCAGCUGAAGCCUGUUCUCUUUUGGAUCCACGGCGGCGGCUUCUCCCAGGGCACCGGCUCGGACCUAACCUUCGAUGGAGGAAGUCUAACUUCACGCUCUGAUGUGGUCAUUGUCACCUCGAACUACCGACUGAAUAUCUUCGGGUACUUAUCACUCGACGAUGGCACCAUCCCUGGGAACUACUGGAUGUCCGAUAAUAUUGCUGCCCUCCAGUGGGUGCAAAAAUAUGUACGCGGGUUCGGGGGAAAUCCAAAGAAUGUCACCAUUUUCGGACAGUCAGCUGGUGGUGCCAACUGCAUCGAGCUCGUUGCUUCUCCACAGGCUGCUGGUCUUUUUCAGGGUAGUAUACAACAGUCGGCAGGCAACGGUCGCUUUAGCACACAGAGCGCAAUAGCUGAGCUAGCUGAGCCCUACCUCAGCCCAUACUGCAACGACACCGGAGCUGCCCGCCUAGCCUGUCUGCAGCAACUGCCUGCUUCAGUGCUCCUCAACGCCAGUGCCGACGUAUUCUUCACUCCAGUCAUCGACAAUGUGUAUCUACCUGAUGCACCCAUGGCACUGAUCGCCCAAGGAAGCUCUUACAUCAAUUCCGUACGGAUGAUGUCCACCCUUAUGCCCGAGGAGACUCAAUCGCUGACCACUACCACGCUGACGCCUAAUAUGACCAAUUUUCAGACCGCGCUCGACCUGCUCAUCCCAGGAGGCUGGAUUAAUCAGAAACAGGCAGAUCACAUCAUACCCUCAGGCCUGUGGCUUAUUAGUAACGAGACCUUCUACAACGGUUCAACCUCCUACUCCAGCGUAUACAAUGCUAGCAUAAAGAUAUCCACAGAAAACAACCAAGAAUGUCCGAAUGGCGCCUACGCCAUGGUAGGUGCCGCCACGGUCGCUUUCCCCAGCAUGCACGUCGCCUAUCAUCAGCGCGGAUACGCUCUCUCUUAUUACGACUUUUACGACCUGUGUACGUUCCCUGUUGGAAAGCCAGACACACCUUAUUAUCGGUGCCAUUCUAGUGAUUUGUAUGAGGUAUUCGGGACUUACUACAUUUUCCAUCAGCCGAUCCGGGUUCCUGAAGAUAUUUACUACACCAAUGCGGUGCAGGACAUGUGGGGUUCCUUUGCGCGAACGGGUAAUCCCAAUGUUGACAGUGACUAUCUGGUAGCGCGGGGGUACAACACCACCAUAGAGUUCUUUGCAGGUUGGCAUUGGCCGGAAUUUACAGCGUCGAAUAUGGUCCUGGCUGAUUUGCAGUAUCCGCGGCCGGGGUAUACGGAUGUACCGGAUCUGGAGCAUUGCAGGUAUUUAGCCAGUGUGCAGUAUUGA